GUCCUGCAGAACAAGCAACCGCCCGAGCGGGAGUCUUCAGUUGAGAUUCCGUCGGAGGGGCUGACAGAGACAAGCUCGCCAACCGAAGUCUACCUCUCCAAGCCCCACAAGCGGGAGAGAAGUUCUAGUUCCAGUGUCACCGCCGAUGAAUUUGAGAGUCGGUUUGAAUCCCAAAUAGACCCCUUACUACACCCAGAACUCUUUGCCAUCUUGAAAGCCAUUGAAAAGGAGACCGAACUUGCUAGUUUUGAUGCUGUGGACUCUGAUGCAGAAG